CCCUACCUCAGUCGUCAGUCAGUGGUUAUUCCGUUCAUAGGCCAACAGCUAUGGCAGCAGCAACCUCGUGCUUUCCCUCCCCAACCCUCCCACAAUUGAAAACUCCUUUCCCCUUCUCCCGCCAAAUCCCAACUAAAUCCAACCGUCCUCAAAAGGCCCUUACAACAAGGCCCACCUCCAUUCAUCUCCUCAACCCCACACCCGCCAUUGCAGCUCUCCUCGGAGCAGGAUUCGCCCUAGCUUCCACGUCAGCAGCAUUCCCAGACCUAGCAGCCUAUGCUGCUGAAUUCCCAUCCAUCCCCCUCAACGAACCCACUAACGCCCUUUCCUUGCCGACGUGGGCCAUCCACGUCUCUAGCGUAGUUGAAUGGAUUACAGCUAUGGUAUUGGUUUGGCAAUACGGGGAGAAAUCCGGACAUGAUUCAUGGAAGGGGCUUUCUUGGGGUAUGGUACCCCUACUUGGUGGUGCGUUUUGUGCGUGCACGUGGCAUUUCUUCUACAACUCUGAGUCACUUGAAAUACUGGUGGCCCUACAAGCUGCUCUGACAGUUAUUGGAAACCUGACUAUGUGCAUUGCUGCAUUUCGCAUAUACAAAUCAUCUCAAGGAGACCCUGAGAAUCUGUAAAUGUUUCUGUCUAUAUUGUUAUGCUGUUUCAUAGCACCCAUCAAAAACUCAACAGCUAAAAGAAAAAAGGUCAGCUAUGCAUCUCGGACCAUCACCGUGACUUGGCAGAGUAACCAGCUUACUGAUUGAGCUGCCAACAAUGAAGAUGAUUGAGUGCUCAGGAAAUAAAGUGGACUGUUGCUGCAGGUAUGAGCUGUUUUUCUGCAUGUUACUGAAAUAUAGCAGAUAUGCCGGAUUUUCUUUUAGUGCCAGUUUGUCAACAAGAACUCCUAGUAUACCCUCUGCUGCUAGGAUGGUAAAUCAUGGUGCCGCAUUGAAAUGUAUCAGAUGUGAAACUCUCCAUGAGCCUAACCCAUUCCUGUCUUCAUGUAACUUAAAUGUUUUUCUAUAUUUUUGCAGUGCUUUUUGA